GCAGUUAAGAAUGGCAGAAGAAAAUGGUGAUUCAGAAACCCUAACUGAUGCUUCGUAUCGUCUCCUUCAAUCGUCACUCUCUCUGCAACUUUUCAAGGGUUAGAAGCAGACUGAGUAUUAUCAACACAGUCACGAUUGAGUUAUGGUGGUGGCGGUAUUAAUUUGUUUUAUUUGUGGGGUUUGAAGGAGACUCUAGAUCCAUUGGUUAUUAUCUCAAGCACUUGGAUCCAUCUUAGUGAAGCAGGGUCGAUUUUAGUGGGGUGUGUGUGUGUGUGGUAGGGGGAUGUUUCAGCCCUCAAAGUGCUCGACACAUACUAUAUAUACUUAUGAAGUCAGCCGCUCGCUAACUGGACUGAAAUGUGGGAAAGCACUUGAACCCUUGACAUUGUUAGAAGUUGCCAAAGGGCUGUCCUCACAACCUGAUUUCUGUGUUCAGGUAGACCAUAGUCACAUGGAACGCGGUACGCUCCGGUACGUGGUACGAAAACGGGAACUCAGUGGCUUGCUAAUUACUCUGAAUUGUGGAAAGGCACUUGAUCCCUUGACAUCAGUAGUAGUGGCCCAAGAGUUGAUCUCAGAACUUAAUUACGAUGUUCAGGGAGUCAUCAACUUGCUAUUGGGACUGAAUUGUGGAAAGGCACUUGAACCCUCGACAUUAGUAGAAGUUGCCAAAGGGUUGUUUGUACUACUAAAUUGCGAUAUUCAGGAUGUCAGUGAUUUGCUAAUUGGACUGAAUCAUGGAAAGGCACUUGAACCCUCGACAUUAGUACAAGUAUCCAAAGCGUUGUUCUCAGAACUUGAUUUUGAUUAUCAGGUAGUCGGCAACUUGCUACUUGGACUGACUUGCGGAAAGGCACUUGAACUCUCGCCAUUAGUAGAAGUUGCCAAAGGGUUGGCCUCUGAACUUGAUUUCGAUCUCCAGGAAGCGAGUGAUUUGCUGUUUGGACUGAAUGGUGGAAAAACAUUGGAACCCUUGACAAUAGUACAAGUUGUCAAAGGGUUAUCCUUAAUAUUUGAUUUGGAUGUCCAGCACGUUAGCGGCUUGGCAAUUGAAUUGAAUUUAGGAAAAGCAUUUAAACCCUCGGCAUUAGUACAAGUUGCCAAAGGGUUGUCCUCAGAACUUUGCUUUGAUGUCCAGGAACUCACCCGUUUGCUAACUCGAUAGAACUAGUAGCUUAACCAGCGCUGAGGCGGGUUUUGUCACAUCAAUCAAAAGUACUAAUAUUGCCACUGAUUGAAAUGGUACAUGAGUGCAUGUUUUGAACUUUUGCCCUUAUGGAUUAAAAGAUCUAGCAAACUUUUAGAAAGAAAUUUAACAACCUCUACAAAGUAUUGUAAGCAGUAACCAGUUUGAUUUGAUGUCUUUCAUUUUGGAUCAUAUAACAAUGUAAAUAAUAUAAAGCAACCCAACUCAAAUUUUACCACAUC